AUGGCCGAGCCCGCCCCAUCCUCAAGACACCGCCACAGGCGCCAGUCCGAACCCCAGCCAGCGGCCACGGCAUCCUCGUCAUCGUCCCGGCUCCGACAGCACCGCAAUUCGGUCGAUCGCGACGGCCUCCGCGGCCUUCGACGACGGUCGUCGGCCAUCUCGGACACGCUCCUAGAAACUCGCCAGUCUCUCCGCUCGUCAACGGACGACAUCAUCCGCCCGCGUGCCACCUCGCACUCCGACGAGUCCUAUUGGCAGUCUGCCCCGUUGGCCUUGGCGCUGGUGCCCGCCGUCGGCGGCAUUUUCUUCCACAACGGGAGCGCCAUUCUGACUGAUGUGACCUUGCUCUGUCUUGCUGCCGUCAUUCUCAACUGGUCGGUGCGGCUGCCGUGGGAUUGGUACCAUUCCGCGCAAGAAACUGCCCCAGGAUCUGACCAUGAGCUGGACGCAGAAGACAGUUGCGAUGGCGAUAUUCCAGCCUCUACCAUCGCAACAGUUGAUGAGAACGCCGUUGCGCCUGAAUCUGUACCCAAUAAAACUAACCCCGCUGCACAGGCAAGGCAAGAACUGCAUCUCCAUGAAUCCCUAGCCCUCAUUUCAUGCUUUACCUUCCCCAUCCUGGGCACCUGGCUCCUCCACGCCAUCAGGUCCCAGCUCUCGCGCCCGUCUGAAGGACUGGUGUCAAACUACAACUUGACCAUCUUCCUCCUCGCCGCUGAAAUCCGCCCUCUUUCCCACCUGCUCACUCUCGUCCAGGCCAGAACCCUCCGCCUUCAACGCGUGGUAGCGGAGUCUGCGCAACAACCUGCACGCGAAGGCCCCGACGCCACCGCGCUCCUUGAUCUGGCCAAGCGUCUGGAAAACCUGGAGGCGCGAGUCGGCGACUCUCCCUCGCGUGCCGUCGUGGACCGCGCAGUGCACAUAUCGCGCCGGCAGGAGCUGCAUAGUCAACAGGCAAUGGAGACCGACAUCACGGCUCUGUAUAGAGCCGUGCGCAAGGCGGAGAAGCGACUCGCCGCGUUGACGUUUGAGAUCGAUCUGCGAUUCAAUGAUAUUCAGGCGCGCGUCCUCGGUGAUUCUGUAGACUUAGCUGCAAGAGCGGCCCAGCAAGGGCUUUUCUCUAGCUCAGUGCAGAGAUUAGAAAAUCUCGCUCGAAGUGCCUUGCAACACAGUGGUACAGCAUCCUAUGUCGAGUGUUUCGCUUGGCUUCCAAGCCCUCUAUUAGGCCUUGAUUUUAUUAGUGGCUAA